UAGUUCCAUUCAUUCGUCCGCUGCCGACCAAAAUGGCCACUUCUUUGUACUUGCUGGCCAUUUUUCUGCCUUCGAUACUGGGGCAGUGCUCGGUGGAAAAAGCCGCUCCCAGCUUCAGCCGCGCGGUUUACGAGUUUUCUCUGGAUUUAAUACAAAGAGUGGGACAAGAAAACGACAACCACUUCGUAACGUCACCGUUCUCGCUAUGGACAGUUCUAACAACAACUUCUUUAGGAGCAGACGAAGAAACCCUUGCGGAAAUGAAACGAGUACUCCAUCUCCAUCAUUACCCGUGUUUCAACGACAAGUAUUUAGAAAUCGUGAAGGGGAUCACAGCGUCCAACUCGAAGACAACACUGGAGAGAAGCGCAGCUCUCUUCGUUGACAAGACUGUCUCGUUGCUCGAGUCUUUCCAUAGAAGACUGUCUGGUACCGGCGUCUGCGACGUCAUGAUUCUCCCUUUCAACAACUACAACAACGUGGCCUCAACUAUUAACAAUUACGUGAGCCAAGCGACCCACAACACCAUCCAAGAGAUUGUUACCUCAAAUGACAUCGAAGGCGUGUACCUGCUGUUGCUUGACGCUAUUUACUUUAAAGGAAUGUGGAAUAUUCCUUUUGAUCCUUCGGAAACCGAGGUCACAUCAUUCUACGACGAGAGGAACAACUUGGCUGGAGAUGUAAACAUGAUGUUCUCCAUGAGGAAGUACAACUUGGCUUCUGUGGAUCAGCUGCAAGCGAAAGUUUUAGAACUGCCGUAUGGAGACGACAACCGUUUUUCCAUGCUCUUAUUCCUCCCCUAUCAAAGCAGUAAUGUAGCUAAAGUAACAGACCAACUGAAGAGAGUGACUUUAAAAUCACUAUUCUAUGUUUUCCAGCGUAACGGACAAGACACCGUUCGCGUUCAAAUCCCGAGGUUCAAGAUCACCUCCCAACUGGAUAAUUUAAAGGAGCUUUUGAUGGACAUGGGUCUAAAGUUGAUGUUCGACAGCAGUGCUCAGUUCCCGCAUAUAUCUGACUACAGUUUCUAUAUAUCUAAUGUGAUUCAGAAGGCUGACGUGGAGGUGACAGAGGAAGGGACGGUGGCGUCGGCGGCGUCGGCAGCAGAGUUCGAGGCGAGACGACUGCCUGACUCCUUCGAAGCUAACAAGCCGUUUGUGUUCAUGAUUGUGGAUAAGGUGAACUAUAUUCCGCUGUUCACUGGAGCGUAUUCGAAGCCGUCCCUGGUAUUGGCCGAACUACCAGAAACCUACACAUUAUCAGAGGAAGAAAAGAACUAUUUGGCUAAACAUGGCUUCCUUGUGAUAAAGGGACUCAUUGAUUUUACCACAUUGUACAGCUGCAAACAGCAAUUCUCCAAGAUUUGCAAAGGGGUGCAGGAUCCCGGUAACAUCCUGGUGGUGAAGGAACCGUCACUUGUCAACACCGGAGCCAAAGGAGAAGAUCUUAUCAACAAGCUUCAAGAGAUCCACCAUGACGAAGUGUUCGUCAGCUACACGGAGCACCCGCGCCUGCUGCACGUGUUGUCGCAGCUGAUCGGAGCAGACAUCUCCGUGAUGCACAGCAUGCUCAUCAACAAGCCGCCGGGCACCGCCCGCCACCCGCCGCAUCAGGACCUGUUCUACUUCCCAUUCCGUCCCGUAGAAUGGAUCAUGGCGGCCUGGACGGCUAUAGACGACGUCACGCUCGAUAACGGCUGUCUCUACGUCAUACCUGGCUCACACUUGGAGAACAAGUUGCACGACCAUGGGACAGUGCCGAACUCCAAUCGUCUGUAUCAUGGCAUCUUGGAUGAAGCUGGUACCGCUCCGGAACAGAAGCGGGUCUACUUGGAGAUGAGCCCUGGAGACACGGUGUUCUUCCAUCCUCUACUAGUACAUGGUUCGGGGCCUAAUGUAUCCAAGAGGUACCGCAAAGCCAUUUCAGCGCACUACGCGAACAGCGGCUGUCAUUUCCACGACGAGAAGGGAGAACUGGCGAAGCAGAUCGAAGCCGAGGUGAAGAAGAAAGGCUACACGCUCUCUUACACGGACGUGUGGAAAUUGAAAAGCAAACAAAUAACUAUGAAGAGUCGUCUGUAAGACGCAGAUUUUCCACUAGAUCGGGCUUCACUAGCGAAGCUACAGCCCCAUUGACCUACCAUGGAUAUGUCGCAUCCGUCUUACGGUACGGUAUCAUCAUGUGGGGUAAUUCCGUGAUUGCCUAUCAAGUGUUCGUUGCACACAAAAAGGGACUGGGUAUGGUGAGUGUUUAGUGUUUAUUAUAAAAAGCUAUAUGAAUUGUGAUAUAUUAAUCUUUUGACAUUACUUAUUGUAUUAUGUUGGAUAUAUUAUACUUUUAUUUAAUCU